AUGGCUACAAACGGCAAUGGCAACGGUGGUGCUGUUGGGCAGGAGAACAUUAACACUGAUAUCGUCACUCUCACGAGAUUCUUCACUGAAGAGCAGGUGAAGGUCCCUGAAGCCACUGGUGACUUCACACUGUUAUGCCACGCUCUCCAGUUCUCCUUCAAGUCCAUCGCUUACUACAUCCGUCGUGCCACGUUAAUCAACUUGACUGGCCUCGCUGGUUCGUCAAACACAACUGGUGAUGACCAGAAGAAGCUCGACGUCAUCGGAAACGAUGUUUUCGUCUCUGCAAUGAAAACCUCUGGAAAGUGCCGUAUCCUCGUUUCUGAGGAGGAGGAAGAGGCCAUUAUUUUUGACGAACACCCUAACGCCCGCUACGCUGUGGUCUGCGACCCAAUUGACGGCUCUUCCAACCUAGACGCUGGCGUCUCAGUUGGCACUAUUUUCGGUAUCUUCAAGCUGCCCGACGACAUCCUCGGUCCCGGGAAGAAGGUCACAGCCCAGCAUGUCCUCAGCCCCGGAACUGAGAUGGUUGCCUCCGGAUUCACCAUGUACGGUGCCUCCGCCCAGCUCGUCAUCACCAUGAAGAACGGCGGUGUCAACGGUUUCACCCUCGAGAACUCCCUCGGCGAGUUCAUCCUCACCCACCCCAACAUGCAACUCCCGCCCUCGCGCGCCAUCUACUCCGUCAAUGAGGGUAACAGCAUGUACUGGGACGAGUGGUGCAACGCUUACUUCCACUCCCUGAAGCACCCCGGCGAGGGCAAGAAGCCUUACAGUGCCCGUUACAUCGGUUCCAUGGUUGCAGACGCCUACCGGACCCUCCUCUACGGCGGUGUCUUCGCCUACCCUGCCGACUCCAAGAGCCCCAAGGGCAAGCUCCGUAUUCUGUACGAGUGCGCACCGAUGGCCAUGAUCUUCGAAAACGCUGGUGGUAAAGCUGUCAACUCGCGCAUGGAACGUCUUCUCGCCGUCAACCCCGAGCACAUCCACGACCGGAGCGGUGUGUUCCUCGGUUCGAGGGACGAGGUCCAGAAGAUCAUCGAUACUUACAACCAGUACAAGAAAUAA